GAUGCUGAGGAUGCUGAAGAUAAUAUUACAACAGUAAAGAGUGAUAUUUUUUGGUUAUUAGAUGGUUUGAUUGCGUGUGCUGAGAUAUUCUUUGUACUUCGUUAUCUUAAAGCUAGGAUUAGUUUAAAUCUAACAUUUAGUUCAAUUUACAAGGGUGCAUUGUCCUUUAUUCUAUGGAUUUUAUCAGCUUUAACAAUUUCAACUUUAGCUAUUCGUGCAAAAAAUGAUGAUUUAUAUGAAGUUUCGGAUAUUACAACAGUUGCAGUAAUGAUUUUAAAUCUUUCAAGACAAUAUGUUGCAGAUCUUCGAGACAUCUACUGGCUUUUAGGAGUAUUUAAGAUUGGUUUCAUUUUGUUUGAAUUAUUUGGAAUAAUUCCAGAGAUACUUCGUUUUUCAAUUCUGAUUACUAUUUGUGAAGGCGUUUUACUUUAUAAUAAUUCAGGUCCAACUUUAG